CUGACGACAUUGCUUACGGUUUUUGAAUCGUCGUCACAAAAUUUAGGAGAUUGGAUUAGGAAUUGGCUCUUUCUUUACUAUUCUCCAAAGACUUUACUAUUUGGUCAGUCUUCUUAUUUCUCACCUUUAGCUUUUAGAUAAACCUCUGAUUUUUUUCUCCCAUCUGUUCUGAGAUUGUCUUCUUCUUCUUGAAAUCUUUUUCAUUUGUGCAAUGAUUUUGAAGACUACCCAUCUAUUCAGUUCUUUCUCUUAUGAUUUAAGUUUCAUUUAGUUUUUUUUUCUCAUCCGCCAUUUUCGUUGACUUUUUGAAGCAUUUCUCGAAUUGACUUUGUUCUUCACAUUGAUUCAUUAGAAUGUUCUUUCAUAAAGUUUGGAUCUUUUCUUCAGGGCUUGAUUAAUUUCAUAUCUAUGAUCUUCUCUGUAUUGUUUUUGAUCCAAUCACUUCUCAAAAUUUGAUCCUUGUCAUUGGAUUUAGAUUUAGGGUUUUUGUAUCCUUGGGGAUUUGAAGAUCAAAAACAGAGUCUUUGAGUGAUACUUCUGGGGAACAAAAUGGCUGCAACUGCAAUAGAGCCAUCUUCAUCUAUAAGUUUCACAUCUUCUCACUUAUCAAACCCUUCUCCUGUUGUUACUACUUAUCACUCAGCUGCUAAUCUUGAAGAGCUCAGCUCUAACUUGGAGCAGCUUCUCACUAAUCCAGAUUGCGAUUACACUGACGCAGAGAUCAUCAUUGAAGAAGAAGCUAACCCUGUGAGUGUUCAUAGAUGUGUUUUAGCUGCUAGGAGCAAGUUUUUUCUUGAUCUGUUUAAGAAAGAUAAAGAUAGUAGUGAGAAGAAACCUAAGUAUCAAAUGAAAGAUUUAUUACCAUAUGGAAAUGUGGGACGUGAGGCAUUUCUGCAUUUCUUGAGCUAUAUCUACACUGGGAGGUUAAAGCCUUUUCCUAUCGAGGUUUCAACUUGUGUUGAUUCAGUUUGUGCUCAUGAUUCUUGUAAACCGGCCAUUGAUUUUGCUGUUGAGUUGAUGUAUGCUUCAUUUGUGUUCCAAAUCCCGGAUCUUGUUUCGUCAUUUCAGCGGAAGCUUCGUAACUAUGUUGAGAAGUCACUAGUAGAGAAUGUUCUUCCUAUCCUCUUAGUUGCGUUUCAUUGUGAUUUGACACAGCUUCUUGAUCAAUGCAUUGAGAGAGUGGCGAGAUCAGACUUAGACAGAUUCUGUAUCGAAAAGGAGCUUCCUUUAGAAGUAUUGGAAAAAAUCAAACAGCUUCGAGUUAAGUCGGUGAACAUACCCGAGGUGGAGGAUAAAUCGAUAGAGAGAACAGGGAAAGUACUCAAGGCAUUGGAUUCAGAUGAUGUAGAACUCGUGAAGCUUCUUUUGACUGAGUCAGAUAUAACUCUAGACCAAGCCAAUGGUCUACAUUAUGCAGUGGCAUACAGUGAUCCGAAAGUUGUGACACAGGUUCUUGAUCUAGAUAUGGCUGAUGUUAAUUUCAGAAAUUCCAGGGGGUAUACGGUUCUUCAUAUUGCUGCUAUGCGUAGAGAGCCAACAAUUAUCAUACCACUUAUUCAAAAAGGAGCUAAUGCUUCAGAUUUCACGUUUGAUGGACGCAGUGCGGUAAAUAUAUGUAGGAGACUCACUAGGCCGAAAGAUUAUCAUACCAAAACCUCAAGGAAAGAACCUAGUAAAUACCGCUUAUGCAUCGAUAUCUUGGAAAGGGAAAUUAGAAGGAAUCCAUUGGUUAGUGGGGAUACACCCACUUGUUCCCAUUCGAUGCCCGAGGAUCUCCAAAUGAGGUUGUUAUACUUAGAAAAGCGAGUGGGACUUGCUCAGUUGUUCUUCCCAGCAGAAGCCAAUGUGGCUAUGGACGUUGCUAAUGUUGAAGGGACAAGCGAGUGCACAGGUCUUCUAACUCCACCUCCAUCAAAUGAUACAACUGAAAACUUGGGUAAAGUCGAUUUAAAUGAAACGCCUUAUGUGCAAACGAAAAGAAUGCUUACACGUAUGAAAGCCCUCAUGAAAACAGGUAAAAGCUUAAGGAAAUGUACUUUCAAGUUUUAUUCUCUGACCACAAGAUUGACUGAUUCGAAACCGUUCAACAACGCAGUUGAGACAGGUCGGAGAUACUUCCCAUCUUGUUAUGAGGUUCUGGAUAAGUACAUGGAUCAGUAUAUGGACGAAGAAAUCCCUGAUAUGUCGUAUCCCGAGAAAGGCACUGUGAAAGAGAGAAGACAGAAGAGGAUGAGAUAUAACGAGCUGAAGAACGACGUUAAAAAAGCAUAUAGCAAAGACAAAGUCGCGCGGUCUUGUCUUUCUUCUUCAUCACCAGCUUCUUCUCUUAGAGAAGCCUUAGAGAAUCCAACAUGA